AGCAGUUUUUACCAGCCCCACCAUUCGCAUAAACAUAGCAGAGCGGUGCACGGUUUGCAGCGUUUAGUCUCUGGUUAAACUGUGCUCGUUUGACAGCGUUCGUUUCCUGCGUUCGUGUCCGCCGCCGACCGAACGAACGAACGAACGAACGAUCCCGUUCCUCCAUUCGUUGAUCCGCGCCUCCGUGAUCCCGAUGUGGGUGUCGGGAGUCGCCGUUCGAGGAAUCGAUGACCCGGUGAACCUGCAUCGAGUCCCCUCGAAACGGCGAGCCUCGAUCGGGUAACACUCGGGAUGCUCGGGCUCGAACCGAAUCGGAUCGGACACGGCGAGUUCGGUGAAACGAGUUGGCCGAGUCAUGGACGCGUAAUCGAUUGACCGCGCGACGGAUUGCCGGAGCGACACCUCUCCCAGCAGACGUCGUCGUCCGCCAAAGACGUCGCAUACUAACAAAGGGAAGCGAGUUAGAAACGACCGCGUCGGCCUUGAAUACCGGCCGUUAACUAGGUGAACAAAGCUCGCGCGCGUCGGUGGAGAGGACCGUCGUGGUUAAAGCGGGUCAAGGUGUCAAAGACGUCAGCCGCGCAACCGUCAAGAUAUCGGCAUAAGGUGUUAGCGAGCCCCGGGUCUCUCUCUCCCGAAGGAAAACAAAGUGUCACGCGACACUGUUAACGAUCGCCGGCCGGCUAUCAGCAACCUCGUGAUCGUUAAUCGACGAUCGGGGAUCAUCGUGUUUGGACUUUCUCAGAGUCACCGUCACGCGACCGCACUGUCAACGAUCGGCAGGGAGCCGUCCCCCGACAAUUGUGAACCGGGCCCGGCACGCAUUGCCAUUGCCAGUCAAUCGACGGUUACCAGCUACCACGAUCGGUCCGCGAUCGCAUUCGCUCCCUGUUUCCAAAAGGGACUUGGACUUGGACUUCGAGGCUCUUGGACUUCUCCCGGUGUUUUCAGUGAACCGUUUCCCUCCUCGACUGCAUGGAGCGACCCCGUGUACCAGAGAUUCAGUCCCGGUCCACGCGAUUACCGAAUUUCUUGUGUGCAUGCGAAUCCAGCCGCGAUUCACUGUGAUUAACCGCUCGGCAUUGCUUCGCGAUGCAGUAACGAGCCAGCCAGAUUGGGACUGAUCGCUGUUGCACUUCCGCCGGCUGUGUUCUCGCGGUUAACGUCGACCCGGCAAACGCGAGCUAGCUCGAUAUGGAAAUCGAUAUGAGCGGGAGAGCAAACAAAUCGACCGAGGAAUUAGCGAAAAGACGUGUCUCCAUUAGCGACCAGAUCCUUGGGGUGGAUAAUCCGACGUUCGAUCAUCAUCGGCGCAUUAGCGCCAGCUCCGAGCAUAACUCCGAUCAAGGCCGCGGGAAAUCGAUACUGGCCCACGGCGGCAGCAAUUACAGCAGCAACGAGAACAUACCGCAGCACAAGUUCGAUCUCGAGCACGGUAGGAUCAAUGGGAACAGGAAGAAGUCGGCGUACAGUCUGACCAGCUCCAUCAGGGAUAAGAUCGAAUACUCGGAGGAGCUCGAACGGUCGUGGUUAUACUUAUUUUGUGCGCGAUGCCACGGUCGCGACGACACUCCGUCAUGGGAACCACCUGGUUGGAGGAAAGUCUGUCCCCAGCCAUUUUGCCCCAGCUACAGAAAAUUCGCCCGGAUUUUAUGUCUGUUCCUGUUAGGGUUGCUACUUUGGGGCAUCGUCUACUCGAUGCUAGGCGACACCGCUGCCCCUGGCGGGCAACUGUUCAGCCUCGCUGCUCUUUGUAUAGCGGGACACUUCGGGGGAUGGUUGUUCUCCUUGACUACCCUUCCCGCCUUAAUCGGCAUGCUGUCCACAGGCAUUAUACUUCAAAACGUCGGCCUGGUACACAUUGAGGGAGGCUAUACCGUUGUCGUCGCCAAUCUCCGAAAAAUCGCUCUAGUCAUUAUCCUCACCAGAGCCGGCCUGGAUUUGGAUCCGAAUGCCCUGAAGAGCUUGAAAGUCACCGUACCGAAACUCGGUCUAAUUCCAUGGGUCGUCGAGGCGGUUGUGGUAGCCACGCUGACAAAAUAUCUGCUUGGAUUGCCCUGGAUAUGGGGUUUCCUCCUCGGCAGCGUAAUAGCUGCCGUUUCACCGGCUGUCGUGGUGCCCUGUCUCUUCAGGUUGCGCAGCAAGGGUUACGGAGUCGCCAAGGGCAUUCCAACUUUAAUUAUCGCUGUUUCGGGAAUCGAUGACGCAGCGUCUGUCGCGAUUCACGGGAUUCUGAAGAGCAUCAUGUUUUCUCAUGAGGCGCUGUGGUAUCAGAUCCUUCAGGGCCCCAUUUCUAUCAUCGGUGGCUUUGGAUUUGGUAUUCUAUGGGGGUGGCUGGCCAAAUAUGUUCCGGAAAAGGGUGACCCCUUCAUGGUGCCCUUGAGAGUGCUGAUGUUAUUAAGCGGCGGAUUGCUGGCAGUGUUUGGAAGUGAGGCGAUCGAGCUCGGCGGCGCUGGACCCUUGGCAGUGGUUGUGGCCGCCUUUGUUAGCUGUUACUUCUGGCAGAAACAGGGCUGGGAGGUCGACGAGAACCCAGUAGCGACAGCCUUCGAGAUUUUCUGGAUGAUCUGCGAGCCGAUCCUGUUCGCAGUAACGGGCGCCCAGAUAAAAAUCGACGAGCUCGACCCGAAAACAGUGUACCUGGGGAUUGCGUGCCUGCUGACAGCCAUAGUGAUCCGAAUCGUGACGACGAUCCUCGUAAGCAUCGGCUCGAAGUUGAAUCUCAAAGAGAAGAUCUUCGUGGCGCUGGCUUGGAUGGCGAAGGCGACGGUGCAAGCGGCUCUGGCCCCGACCACGUUGGACAAAGUCAACCCAGACGACCCCCAACAGGUGUAUUAUGCCGAGACAGUGAUGACAAUGUGCGUGCUGUCGAUUCUAAUGAUGGCCCCGUCCGGUGCCGUGAUCAUUAUCCUGUCGGGCCCGAAGCUGCUCACGAAAACCACCACGCCGGUCACGCCUCCGGAGGGCUGGAAGACGCGGCGACCCUCUAUGCGCGACAUCUCCAUCAUCAACGAGGACCCGGAUCUCGAGGAGACCGCAAACGAGAGGAAGCCUUGAGGCAGAGACUCUUCCCGCCGAAACGUGACCGUUUUCCCUUAUUUCGCUCGAGGCUCCCGCUGCCUAACCGCGGGGACUACUCGAGGAAUCUCCGUCAGGGUCUCCGGUGUUCCAUUUUAUUCACUUACUCCAAAUAUUCGCUGCUAAGCCGAUCGUUCCGUCAUCGACCGGAACCCUGGUCCGUUUUUCUUCGGGACCGUUGUGUUUGUCGUGGCUCGCGGAACACACCAGCGGCCCGUGUUCCUAUUUACGGUCGGGAAUAUUGAUUAAGCUUGUGUGGGACAGCCUUCGGUGUCGGAGAUUUUUGACAGAGGAAUGAGUAGACACUGUUUGAUUGGGACGACUGAUUUUUAUAUCGAACUUAAACCGUGCCUUAAUGCGUUAACUGUCGGACCACAGCCUUCAGGAAUCUUAGGGGAUGGUCAGUGUAAACGAAAUUACGUUGGAGAUUAUUAGAGUGAUCGGUCCUUGGAUAGUUUUGUCAGAUGUAUGUGUUAAUUCGUGGCCUCUGCAGUUGAACAAUUGUAACUUGUUAGUGGAAAUCGUUUUUGAUAUAUCAACUUUCGAAAUGAGGAUUUUUGUAAGGUAACGUUGAUGUUGAUAUACGGAGUGUCCCAUAAUUAUGUUAAUUCCCGGAAAGGUGUGACUCCUCAGGUCAUUUGAAGUAACUUUUCCCUUAGCGA